UCCUUCUUUGCUUCACUUGACCCAGAAGAUGAUGUGGGUCAAUUUGUUCGAAUGGUUGAUACCCGUGAACCAUUGAAAAUGUUUAGCAGAAGUCCAACAGGAUCGGAGGGCUUCGGAAUUCUGGGGAGUAAUGUGUCCGGUUCUGUAUAUAGGUCAAAGCAAUUAUCUCGAUUUCAGAAAUAUCAAGAGUCACAUAACACUCUUUCAGAUUCUAUUACUUCUGUAACUUCACAAUCCAUUCCACAGCAAUUGGAACCUCCAAGUGGUCAUCCGCUUGGCACGGCAAGUGGGUCCGCUGCUUCUUCUUCAAUAUCAUCAUCCAGUAAAUCUUUAUGA